AGCCAAACACGCUGUUGUGGGACAGACGGUACACUCAGAUCACAAACGCCUCGGCAACGAACAGCCCUCAUAAUGAACAGGUUUAACUACCAAGAGCACCGACACAGGAAGCAUGGCUCGGAUUGCGCUUGCGAGAGAACUACCAACUCACCCAACACAUGUGGGUUCACACUGGACCCCACUCAAGGACAAAAACACAAUUGCGCAAAGACAAUGCCAGCCCUGUCAGAACUGAUCCAGUUUCAAGAGUGGCUGACUCUUAGUGAUGUACAAACCAUCAAGCUUUGGAGAUGAGGGGAAUAUUACAUAGCUUUGCUCAUGUGCAGUUUCCAAGUAGACUGGCCAGAGCCACGCCAGGCCACCAGGUGUUGCAGUGUUGCCAUCCCUCCAUCGCCAAGUGGCUUCUCUACCACCUACCAUGAGCUUCAGCAGCGGGACUGCAAACAACACACGGAUGUAGAAGAAGCUGGAGUGUGUCCUGUUCCCACAAUUCAUUAUGCUGCUCCUCCGCUGCAGCGUUCAGGUGUCAGCUCUGGACAUAAAGACCCGACGUUACGGAUUUACAAGUGAGCGCCGCAAUUGUCGAUAGAUCCCAACAUCAGCCAACAGCAUGACGAGGAAUCGCUGGCCGAAAUUCCAAAAGGUGAUAUUGAGGCGGAAAAGUCAUUAAAGAUCUUUUGUGAGAGUAAUGGCUAUAUUUAGGAAUACCUUGGUCGUCAUUGCUGUUGUGGUGACACUUCAUAUUUUGGAAACAAGGAACGUUGCUGACUUCCCCAAGUUGGAUUUCCCGGUUUCAGAAGAUGUCACAUCUCAUGCAAGAGUCAAAAGAGAUGCCCCUGAGGCCCAGGAGAAUUUUGUUAUUCAGCUAACAGUAAAUGCCACUGAUCAGGACGCCGUGGAGCAGAUUAAGUCCUUCAUUAACAAUUCAAGUCUUCCUUUACAACUCGGGAAUGAUACAGAGAUCACUGACAUCGACAUCACCACAGUGUGCAUCUCUGGCAGCACUGGUUCCCAGUGUAGAUGUCAGGAAGGAUUCGCUUGGCCCUACAGCAGCUGCACCACAUACGGAGCAUGUGACGACAUCUCCAGUGGCAUAUGUCAGUGUAUCAACGACAUUCCUCCAGAUGGUAGUUCCUGCCUGCCACAAGCAGAUCUGCUGAUUGACGUGGAGUAUGACGUGGAAGUGGAGGUUAACGUCACAGACCUGGAGACAGUCAACUACCUGAGGAGUCUGAUCAAUAAUGGCACCUUCUCUCUCACUUUGGGCCCAACUGUCAAUCUUACAAGCAUCGAAAUCACCACUGUUUGCAAUCCAAACGGAACAGGAUUUCAGUGUCGGUGUGAGGAGGAGUUUUACUGGUCGGGUCUUCUCUGCAACACGUAUGGAGCCUGUGAUGACAUCCUUGACGGCACAUGCAGUUGUAUCAACGGCCUUCCUUCUGCCGGGCAGUAUUGCCAGCCACAGAUAGUGCCUACCGAGGUUUAUGAAUAUGAGGUCACCAUUGAAGUGUGGAAUGCUGAUGUGGAGCAGCUGAGAAACAGCCUCAGACGUCUCACCUUUCCAUAUCGAAUCAACACCCUAGUGAAUAUCACCGCAAUCCAGAUCACGACUGUCUGCAGUGGAAAUGACACAGAGGACCAGUGCAGAUGUGAGAAUGAGUUCCGUUGGUCAUGUGACCAGUGUUUGCAGUACGGGGCAUGUGACGACAUCACCAACAACACAUGUGGUUGCCUCAAUUCCUUUCCGACUGAUGGGCAGUACUGUCGGCCUGCUUCUUAUCAAAAUUUCACAAUGUGUCCAGUGACGGUUUCGCCAACAACAAGUCCAGCCCACAGUACCAUGAACGUCACUGUACAACCUGCAGAGUUCAACACCACAGUACCGAGCACCAACAUGACAACUGCAGCAACAGCGGUCGACACAACUUCAUAUUCAAGUGCAGAAACAGAAUCCCACACUACUACUGAUGCCAAUACAACAGCUGUGACACAGUUUAGAAGCAACGUCAACACAACACUUUCAACUCCAGAGCCUGGUCCAGACAACACGACCGUGUAUUCUACCAAUCAAACAGGUCCAGCGGCCACGACUGCGUACUCCACUGCAGAACCUGUCAACACAACUUUAUAUACAACUCCUGAGCCAGAUAUUAAUACGACUGCAGCAACAUUCAGCACAACCAACAUGACAUUUUCAACUCCAGUGCCUGAAAUGAACACUACAAGCGGUUUUAAUGCCACAACAACAGCAACCUUUGUGACAAGUACUUCAAGCAACACCAAGUCAAAUACAUCUGCACCGACAGAUUUUAACACGACAGUCAGUGUCAACGCCACAACGCCAUCUGCCACAAGUCCAACAACCACCACUACUGUGUCCUCCACCUCAGAGCCUGAAUUCAGUGCUACAACUGCUGUUAAAAUAACAACGACGUUUGUAACUGACCCAACAUUUAACUCCACCACGUUCUCAACUGCAGAGCCAGUUGACACGACGACACACGUCGGUACAGAGCCUGAUACCAACACAACAAGUUACGUUAAUUCAACGUCUGCCUCCACUGCUGUAACAAGCACGACUGCUUCUCCAUCAACACUGCUCAACAGCACUACAACUGAUUUCAACAAUUCAACACUGGAUCACGGCUCCGACACAACAGCUCUGUCAACAACAGAUGGAACUACUGUUUCCCCUUCGGCAUCCACAACUACUGCAACAGAAAGAGGUCCAGCCCUGACACUGACCACUGCCGCCACAAAAACUACAUCUACGGUUUCGUCAGCUGCAGAUUACACGUCGACAACACUGGACGCAGCGACUACUGCAGCGCCACCUGUCACGUCAACUACGACACCAGACAUGGAGACUACAGCUACAACAGCACCAACCUCUGCGACGACCACAGGGACGUCUGCCACUCCUUCAACAGAAGCUCCGACAACAGAGGUUUCCUCAACAAUACCUGCAACAAGGUCAACGGUUCAUCUGAGCACUCCAACAACGUCCACUCCUCUUGAGUUGACCACAGUUCCUGCAACGUCGCCCCCUUCAGAUUCCUCUACAACCAUCCGAAGAACAACCCCACUGACUGAGACGACAACAGCUCCUCCCACUGUUGUUUCAUCCACGACUGCUUGCCAAGCCACAACGUCAGCUGUCCCCACAGUAUCGACUGCAAGCCAUGUCGCAACUACUCCAACAACCCAUGCCAAAACCACACCUGAACCGACAACUGCUACCACACAGGAAAUCACCGUGGCACCUACCGAUACUCCCUCCCCCACUGCAGUACUCCCAGCUUUUCAAGUGGACAUGUCCAUUGAGUUGGACAGAAGUUUCACAGCAGAUCUGAACGAUCCUACUAGUGACACCUACAAUAAUCUCGUCUCACAAAUUGAGUCUGUGCUGACAGUUCUUUAUCAAGGCAUUAAUGGCUUUAUCGACGUGUCUGUCACCCAACUCAGAGAGGGAAGCGUCAUCACUGACUAUGUUGUCCGGACGACGCAAGUCAAUGCAGAUGAAAUAGAAAAAGCAAAUGAAGAUCUCCCUGAGGCGAUGGAGCCAAUCGCCCCAGUCAUUGGCAACAUCACCGUGAGAUACCAAAGUCCAACGCCGAUCACGAUUCCGCCUCUUACGUUCACGGGAGGGGCCAUGACGCUGAGGUGUGGGCCGCCUCCUGCCACCGUGUCUGUGGGUCAGGUUUACAGUUCCACCUGGCAGUUCAAUGGACGGGACAUCUCCAGGACCGGGAGAUUUCAAAUUCGGCAUGACAACAUGACAUCCACGCUGUCAAUCACAAACGUUAUCAUGGCCGAUGCCGGCAUGUACACGUGUAUUCUGAGCGGAAAAGUGCUGACUUUCACCCAAAGCGGUGCGGUGACUGCGGACAACAUUAAACCAGCGCCUGUAGUGCGACUGAAAAAUAAAAUAAAUACCCAAUGUGAAGAAGGUUCUUCUGUACCACUUAAGUGCUGCGUGCAGAUGUAUUACAGAGUGAAAUGGUUUCAAGGCACAGAGAACAUUACUUUCGACGAGUCCAUCGAGGAACAAAGCUUCUGCGUCGUACACGACUACGUGUUUAAAACCUGCAGUCAACCUCUAACAGAGGCCUUCACCUGUCGUGUAGACGACCCCUCUGGUUUUGAAGCUACAACAACACUGACCAUUUUCCUGACAUCGCGUACCUGCAAUAAUGAGCUGUUUGGCAGCGGACAAGUGAACGAUAUAUCGGAGGUCGGAUGCGAUCAAGGCAAAACUGCUGUCUGCCAGAGCAACGGGGAGUGGAGAGUUUUGGAGGACACCUGCAUCCUCAUAGAAAUCAAAGAGCUUCUCAUUGACUCGGAGGACGUGGUUGCAGAGGAAGUGCCACAGCUGGUGUCUGAACUCAACCAAGUGGUGCAGAAGGAACAAGAGGACAUUUCAAACUCUUCAGCAACCGUGGCAGCGAUAGUUAGCAUACUGAGCAACAUCGCUAACGUGUCGACAUCUGUCAACCAGUCGGUCAUGCAGGGAGUUGUGGAGACAGUUGCUGUCAUUGUUAGCGAUGAAGCUCAAGAGUCCUGGGUGGUUCUGAACCAGAACAGCUCACUGAACACCAGUUCAGAUCUACUGGGUUUGCUGGAGAUGAUUGCUGGCCAGUUGGUGGGGGAGUAUUCCAUCUCCACUCCCAAUAUAAUGCUCAACAGGAGCUUUUUUAAUAACUCCUUCUUCGCGGAGCUCAACUCCAACGUCACUAUUGCCAUCCCAGAUAUCGAUGUUCAGAACGCCUCCAUUACAACCAUGGUAUUGUCGACCUUCAACAACGUCAUGCCAGUGAGGAACACCAGCUUUGACCCCAACAUGUUCCACACCACCAAUCACACCACCGUCCCCAGCACCGCUAUCAAUGCUGCUGUGAUUCUGGUCAACCUAAAGCAACCUGUCAACAACGUCACUAUCAGCUACAGGAAGCUGAACGAGUCGCUGUCAGUGAGCCCUCAGUGCGUUUUCUGGAACUUCUCAACCUUUGAUCGACUCGGAGCGUGGGACGACGAGGGCUGCACCUUUGUUUCGGAUGUGAACGGCACAGUGACCUGCAGCUGCAAUCACCUCACAUCGUUCUCAGUCCUAAUGUCCACCGACAUCCCCGACUCGAUCCGGGAGCUGCUGGAUGUCAUCACCUACGUCGGGGUUGGGAUCUCCAUCGCAAGCCUCCUGAUAUGUCUGGUUAUCGAAGCCUUUGUGUGGAAAGCCGUCACCAUAAACAGCACUGCUUUCAUGCGGCACGUGUCCAUUGUCAACACCGCCCUCAGCCUGCUGACCGCCGACAUUUGCUUCAUCAUUGGAGCCGCUGUCGCUAAAAAUUCUCUUGAAAACCCACAUGAGAACUUUGAAGUCCCGAUUGGUCCGUGCAGCACCGCAACCUUUUUCAUGCACCUGUCCUACCUGGCCCUCUUCUUCUGGAUGCUUGUUUCAGGACUUCUCCUCUUCUAUCGGACAGUGAUGGUUCUCUCCCAGAUGGCCAGGUCCACCAUGCUGGCCGUCGGCUUCACCGUGGGCUACGGAUGCCCUCUCCUCAUCGCCGUGAUCACCGUCGCGGUCACCGCUCCGGGAAAUGGCUACAUCCGAAAGGAGAGCGCUUGCUGGCUGAACUGGACGGAAACAAAAGCCUUGCUGGCGCUGGUCAUUCCAGCCCUGACCAUCGUGCUCAUUAACAUUUUGAUCAUCAUCAUCGUUUUGUUUAAAAUACUCCGAAGGGGCGUCGGAGAAACGCCGCAGGCGGAAGACAGGCACGCGCUGGUUGUUAUCACGAGAUGUGUCAUCAUUUUGACUCCGUUAUUCGGGCUCACCUGGUCUUUAGGAGUGGGAACGAUGAUCUCGCCAACAAAUAAAGGGAUCCAUAUUGCCUUCGCUUUCUUCAACUCACUGCAGGGAUUUUUCAUUCUAGUGUUUGGAACGCUGCUUGAUUCAAAGAUUCGCUCCAAGCUUGCAGGGCGGAUGCCAACAUCUGGCUCAGAUCAAGCCAGAGGUUCAAGUCAUGGAUCGUCAACUCUUGUUGAACUGUUCAACAGACUGCGUGGAAGAAGAUAUGUAUAUCGAGUGUCAGACGUGGCGAACUCCAGCAGCAACGUCGCAACAGAGUCCUUUGUGAAUAUUUAGUUUUAUUAUUUCCGUCAUUAUUUGAUAACUUAACUUUUGCUCAGAAGUACAUUGAAGCUAUGGCAAGACAUUGUACAGAUGUUAGCUGCUAAUAGAACCGCACUAUACACAUGAUUUGACUUGCUUGAGAUUUGCACUACAAGUUUGGACAUUCAAUGCGAAAUCUUGAAAUGGAUGGAGCCAAAAUACUUGAAAUGAAGAUUCCUUUAAUGAAUGGAGUGAGUUUUGAAUACAUAUAUUUUUAUAAAUAAAUUUACAUGAAAGAGAAGUGUCAUGUUAAUUCAAACUACUUAAAAUAGUGGUCAUG